AAACCAAAUGAUGCUUUGAAAAUAACGAAGUUCUAGAAAUAUGAAUUAAAGUAAAAAAAAAAAACAAGUAACAUAUCCGUGAGGAAGUUUGAAAUUCGCGCUUGAAAAGCGCCACCUAUCAUGGGUAAAUGGGUGAUUUUGUGUCGCGAUACAAUCGCAUAUAUGUUUUUUAUUGUUGUCAACAAAGAUUUUCUAAAACUUUACUCAGAUUUUUUAACAUAUAAUGUUUUGUUCCAUUAUAAGGAAUAAUGGCUUUAAUUAUCUCAGCUGCAUAAACUGCAUAAGUCCUUUCAAAAAUGCUUCCAUGACAAAAAGCAUCUACCCCAUGCUGAUGCUUCAGGACAAAAGUAAGCAGUUACAAGCAAUCUUAAGAAAUAUUAAAAAGUAUUCAUUUAUAAAUUUGCUGGCUCCGUUACAUUUAAAAAAAACAAAUUUAUCAAUAAUGGAUGAUGUGACAGAACUUGCAGAUCUUGCUGAAGAGCAAGAAAUUUUUGAUGAAUCCAAAAAACUUGUCAUGAACAUUAGAGAAAAUCUUUCUAAAUCAGAAAGCGAAUCAACAGAUCAAGAAAUUAUUGAGAGUAUACCUAUAGAAAAGGUACCAUAUAAAGAAGAUCAAUAUCAACAUAGCUUUAAUAUUAACAGGAACCAUUAUAAACAUAUUGUUGGUGUAAAGGGUACUAUGCUCCAAAAGUUGUGCAGUGAAACAAAAACUAUUAUCCGAGUUUCAAAAAAAAAGAAACAUGUGGUAAUCAUUGGAUCAAUUCAAAAAAGAAUAAUUCAUGCAAAACGCAGAAUAGACAAUUUAAUACAAAAUUCUAAUAAUAAAUUGAGUUUUACUCAUUUUAUCUCAAUACCUACAAAUGUAAGUGAGGUGCAACAACAUUUUCUAAAAUUUAAAGAAGAUGUAUUAAUAAACUGUGAUAAAGAAGCUACAGGCUUUGAUGAGGAUAUGUUUCAAAAGCCUGAGAAGCUGCACUUGACUAUCUGUAUGCUUCAUUUAUUAGAUGAUACUGAUCAACGUAAAGCUAUAAGAGCUUUAAACGCUUGUAAAAAAGAAAUUAUAGAUCCAAUUUUACAAGAGAAGGGGCCUUUGACUAUCGAAUUCAGGGGCUUAAAAUGCAUGGAAAGAAAUUCUACCAAAGCCAAAGUUUUGUAUGCCAAAGUUCAAGAAGAAACGGGCUUGCUUCAAAAAAUUGCAGAUCAAAUUAGCAAAUAUUUUGUUCAACAAGGCUUUUCGAGAAAAGAGCAUGAUAAUGUUACUCUACACAUGACUGUGAUAAAUACAUUUUAUCUUAAAAAGAAAAAGCAAAAGUUUAUGCAUAAAAAUUUUGAUGCAACUCAAAUUUUGAAAGAUCAUGAGAAUACUUACUUUGGUAAAAUAAAUCUCUCAACAUUUCAUUUAUCACAACUAACUGCAAAAUCUGCUGAUGGCUAUUUUGAGGCAACAGCUAAAAUAGAACUUUAAUUUUGAAUAAUAAUGGACAAUUUUUAAAUGUAAUAAGAACUUGUAUUUUUAUAUGUAUAUAGAGAAAUAUAUAAAACUGUUGAAGAGUAAAAAAA